CGUUCCGUUGUGGUUGAAUUUCGUGUGUCUCGUCCGGUGGUCAGUGGAAGGAUUUUCGCGGAUUUUCUAUUAAAAUUAAAUUAACAGGGAAAUUACCAACCGAGAAGGAUCAAAACCAGCUUCGUGAUCCGUAAAGGCGUAAAAGUGUCGUUCGCGGUUAAAAAUUCAAAGUGUUGUUAAGUUCAUAGCCAGUGAGGCAAAAUUUGUGGCAAGUGGAACGAAGAAUCCUAAGAAAAAGGUCCCGUCUCCAACGGUUUUAAAGUGCCGAUUCGACCGGAAGAAAAGUGUUAAACCUUUGUGUGCGAAGGUACAUAAUUUGAAAAUCAAAAUUUGAUUUAAUUUGGAAAUUGUGGAAGCAGCAGCAAUCAGCGAGAUCCGUACUCUGGAAAUUUGGAUUAGGUGAAUAGAGGAGCAGAACGAUUCACAAGGAUCAAGGAGCGGACAACACACAAACGAGGAAAAAAAGACAAACAUCUCCAAGAAAAAUGUCACUACAAGUGCAAUCAAGUCAACAGCCGACGUCCGGCCGCCGCACUCCUCAGAUCUACCAAUCCCUCGGUAGCACAACCACUGCGACAACGCCACCAACCAAUGGUAACACCGCGAAAGGAUCAUCCAAACUGUCGCUGAAAAGUGGGAAGCAAAGUCCCGUGGUUGAAAUCUCCACCAGAGAGUCCCCGGUUCCGAAGGAAUCCACCAAGUCGCCAAACGUGGUAGUGGCCGUCACCAAGUUGGAAAACACUCCCACCGGUGGUUCCUCUAGCUCGCCGAAAGCAGCUGAGAAGCCAAAAGACGAAAAAAAGGAAAAAGCAGCUACCAAUGGAAACUCCAAUGGUACCCACAGUGAGAAAGAAACUAACGGUAAGCAUGUGGAACCGGAGAAGGUAACGACCGAAACUCCCAAGAAAGAAUCCACCGAGAAAGUUUCCCAAGAUAAUACGCAAAAAAGUCCAAACUCCACACCGCAAAAGCAAAAACCGGAAUCAAUUCCCGUUGAACAACCCAGGACACCUGAGAGUGCCAGCAAAAAAUCCAAGGAUUCGCCAGUGGUUACUCCGGAGCAAACAAAAAAAGUUGCCAAUCCCCAGGCCAAUGAGAAGAAAACGAAGGGAUUCACGGCAGAAGGGGAUGAGAUGGAAUCGCUGGUCGUUGAACCAUCCGAGUAUGAAGACUCUCCUAUGCCACCUCGUACGGGUGGCAAAACUAAGUUGCUCAAAUAUUCCGGAGUGCCACCGACUCGGGCUCGAAUUAGUCCGUUCCGCGUGAAAGACGCUACGAUCAAUGCUAGCACAGUCGCAAAUCUCAGCACCGUCAGCGAGGGACAGGACAGUGCCACAAAAUCCAAGGAUGUCUCACUGGAUUCGGAGCAGUCUUCUGCUCUGGGUAUGCGUCCGCUGCGUGCAAUAUCCGGUCGCCGUGGCAUGCGCCCAAUCUCUGAUAUCCAGUUUACAUAUCGCAAAUCCACGGAACUGAACGAAUCCGCUUCGAGUUUGAACGUAACCGUUGGUUCCGAAAUCCACAAUGACAGUCUCCGCACCCCAGCCCCAGGAUCGUCUCGCAAGCGUAAAGCCAUGACCCCGGAAUCCACUUCGGAUGCCUUGGAUGUGAAGGAAAGCACUGACAGUCCGAAACGCACUCGUUUGGAUUUCAGCGGCUUCCUCGGUAUUGUUGCCAGUCCUGUAACCAUGCUCAAGAACCGUCUUUCGCGAGUUCGGCUCCAGGCCAGCACACCGGUGGCCAAGCGAAACUUUGACGAGGAGGAUCUCACCACCUGUAUCCAAGCCGAAGCCACGACUACCACUGCCAAUAUCUCGGGGGAAGCGGCCAAGAUGGAUGUGGACCCAGCGGCGGGAGCGGAUGACAAAGUUGAAGAAGUUCAAAAGUCAGAGGAAGCUGCAGAAGAACAACCCACCGAACUCCUCAACAAAGAAGAUGAAGCAGCUAAAGACGUGGAUGGUGCAGGAGAUGUCAGCGAAUCGCCGGUCGAAGUGAAAGAUGUCACCAACAAACGACAGUUCUGUGUUGUGAUGUAAAUCGAAUUCCUCUCAAUGUCCUCCUCAAAAUUCACUUUCUCUGAACAUCUUGCAUUAUGUACCUUGGUCCCUUGUAUUAUCGGAAAUUUGAUUUUCCAUUUGUGUCCGCUAGAUUCAGGCUGCUACAGCUCGUGUGAACCGUUUAUCAAACACGGUUUAAAUUUUAGUAAAGCAGUUUUAUAUAAUCGGAAGAACAUGAUGUUCUUUCUUAACAGUGAAAAUUAAUAAAAAAUAUUAAGUUUUAGUUUGCCUUUAUCUUCUAAAA